GACAUGACGGAGCGUCGAAGUCGCCAUCUGACCGGCGACGGAGGGACCUGCUUCCAGACAUGAGCGAGGGACGUCACGACCAGGCUCGCGUGAGGACAUCUGUGGAUCUGUGGAAGUUCCGUGGGCUUCAUCUGAUCUUGCAGUCGCUCCGCUAUGGUGCAGCAUGACCGCCAAUCCGGAGCGCCCGUCUCUCCAGCCGCUGGACUCCAGUCCCGGACGCAGGUUGUCUGGUAACGUCCGCAAGCUCCACGACGCUCUCAACCUGCUCCUCAGCCCGCAGGAGCGGGAGGACUUCACCCACUGCCUCAACAUCUACCACACCAAGCGGAACGUCUUCGACCUGGUCCAAACCCUCCAAGUGAUUCUGGACUCGCCCGGGAAGAGGCAGCUGCUGCCGAUGCUGCGCGUGGUCAUCCCGCGCUCGGACCAGCUGCUCUUCGACCAGUACACGUCAGAGGGACUCUAUCUGAGCGCGGAGGGCUCGCGCGAGUCCGCUUGGCACUUCCGCAGCGUCCAGCAGCCUCUGCGGAGCCCGGACGGACGCCGAGAUGCGCCGCAGGAAGAGCCCGCCUCCGAGUGCUCCGCCAAGAAGAUUCGCCGGGUGACGUUGACCCGAACGAGGGACCACGAGGGUCUCGGGUUCAGCAUCCGCGGGGGUGCGGAGCACGGCGUGGGGGUGUACGUCUCCUUGGUGGAGCCCGGUUCCUCUGCUGCAAGAGAAGGACUGAGGGUCGGGGACCAGAUCCUGACCGUCAACGAUCUGGACCUGGACAACGUCACCCACGUGCAGGCCGUUCAGAUGCUGAAGGGAUUUAAGCAGCUCACAUUGACCGUGUGCUCACUGGGUCACAACACUGACGGCGACAUCUCCAACUGUAUGUACUCCUGGUUGGACCCUCAGGGUCGCAGCGUCUCCCCACCACCGGACAACCAUGAGACGGGCAGCAGACUCGUCCCCAGCACGGAGACUCGGACGGUCACUCUGAACAUGGAAGGCGGCCAGUCUCUGGGUCUCAUGAUCAGAGGAGGGGCGGAGUUUGGAUUGGGGAUCUAUGUGACCGGAGUGGAUCCUGGAUCAGCCUCCGACGCUGGAGCACUCAAGGUCGGUGACCAGAUCCUGGAAGUCAAUGGCCAAAGUUUUGUCACCAUCUCCCACGAUGAAGCAGUUCACAUCCUCAAGACAGGACACUGUCUGAAGAUGAAGUUAAGGGAUUUGGGGCGCGUCCCGUACGCACGCACUGUGGUGUCUGACUGGUCGCCCGCUCAGACCGGGACUGAGAGCAGUUCUCCAGCAAACCAGACCAUGGUCCAUUCAAACUCCCACGAUAAUGGGAGCGCCCCAGCGUGCAAGAGCAGACCCACCUCAGCCAAAAUCACACUGGAAUUGGAGAAGCCAGUCGGACAAAGAACCAUUGAACCUCCGGGCCCCCAGGUUUCGCUGGAGCAGCAGGCGCACAUGUUGCUGACAGAGCCACAGAGGCAGACCAUGGCGUACUACCUGCAGGAGUACCAGAGGGGGCACAUCGGAGUGGAGGCGCUGACAAUGGCUCUGUUUGAGCUCUUCAACACUCAUGCUAAGCUGUCGAUGCUUUCUGAGGUCAGGGCUCUCGUGGCUCCUCAGGAUCUGGAUGUGUACGACAGUCUGGUUCUGACCCAGGAGAAGGAAACCCACCAGACCUGGCAUGGAGGCCAAGCGCUUCUCUUUCCCCAUGGAAACCGUGUUCCACCAAAACCUGUUCAUCCAGAAGCGAAACACAGCCAGGAGGAGGAGCAAAUGCUGGCAUCGAACGAAUCCCUGCACAGCAGGUCAUCGAUGGAGAUGAGUAAGGCGGCCAAAGGUCCAAACCAGUUUGUCCAAGGCUGCCUCACCAAGUCACGUCGCGCUGUGAACCCGCCACCACCCGUCUCUUCGCACCACACGUCCCUCAACACGCUACACCACGGCUGCCUGAGCCCCCUGCAGGUCACUGACACUGGACUCAACCCCCACCUCGCUCACUCCCUCCAUCAGCUGAAUCAGCCAAGUGCGGGCCACCAUUGGGACUGUAACCGAUUUGCCAGGCCAGGGACGUCGGUCAAACUCUCAUCUAGAUCCAGCUCAUAUGAAAAAUCCUACAAGUGGUCGCCUUCCUCUUCGAAGGGAACUUCGCCAAUGGCCUCACCUCGUCUCUUGCCACACCCCUCGCCAUGUACGUCUCCCUGCCCGUCCAUUAUCCGGAUGGCUGUGGCACCAUCUGCUCCAGAUGAGCUCAACUCGCCCAUCAACACUCAAAACAUGCUCUGCACUGAUGUGGGACCCCAGCCAAGAGGAGCCACACUGCUGCAGCUCUCAGACAGCGGCCAAACUCUGAGUGAGGACAGCGGGGUGGACAUAGCAGAGGUUGUUGCCCUCAGCAAAGAUGGCAGCCCUCGCCCAGACAAGAGCCACAUAUGUUUCUCUGGCCAAGCUAGCGCACCAGCUCCUGGCACCGCCAGACAGUGUGUUGGCAAGCCCGCCUCCUCAACUCUGGUGCGAGUCAUGAAAAAUGCCCCUGUUCUUGGCGUUGCAAUUGAAGGAGGAGCAAACAUGCAACAGCCUCUGCCGCGAAUCAUCAGCAUCCAGAAGGGUGGCUCUGCGCACGCGUGUGGACAGCUGCGAGUCGGCCAAGUCAUUCUGGAGGUGGACGGCAUUUCCCUCAGCGGCUGCCAGCACAAGGAGGCGGCUCAGAUCAUUGCAGAGGCCUUCAAGACCAAAGACAAAGACUACAUUGACCUUCUUGUGUAUGAGCCUGGACUCUAGAGUCGCCUCUAGAGAUGAACUGAAGAUGGAGAGUUGUCUCUGGUUGAUGGUACAGCCUGAGGUACACCAAGAUACGUUUCAUUUGAUUGGCUUUGUUUAGUUCGGGAGGCUUUUUUAUGAACCUUCAUGACGCACUUCAGUUCCACUCGUAUAGCAGGGAGGUGGUUUUCAGUGCAACUUGAGGAGCAUCCGUUGACACGACUGAAUUCUUCAAAGACUGCCUCCGAUCUGUAUCAAAAAGUUCUCCCUCAUAUGAGUAUUUAUCUUCCAAGUAUAUCCAUCACCUCCAGGGCGCCUUGUGUUCCCAUGCCUGCGUGAAUCGCCUUGUGUUGCUGUCUUGAAGCAGAACGACCGUCUCUCGCCAUUGGGAUGUCACGCAUGCCGCCCCCUGCAGGCUGAAGGUGGAAGACCCAAGAACCAUCUCGUCUCUUCACUCCCUCAGGUUCAACUCUCGUGCACCCGAUGCAGAUGUUGCCAGUCACCUAUGCUACGGUCCUCGCGUCCCUCCUCCUCCUGGUGCGAUCAUCCCAUUCAGUGUGGGCUAUGGGCAGGAUGGGAAAAAGAGUCUUGAAUUGUAAUUGUCUUUCAUUUCAUGAAACAAGAGGGAACUAAGAAAAAGUUUGGUUGUGUCAUGACAUUAUAUGGACAUAAUAGGUUAUUUAAUAUUAAAUUAUUUAUAUUAAAUUCUUUAUUUUCAAUGAUUGUCAAUAUAAAUCAUGAAUAUUGGAAGCAGUGAAUAUCUUGGUAAGAUAAGUAUGGUUAAAAUCAUGUAAAUAUAAAAGAUAUAAAGGCACUAUUUUACUAUCUUAAAUGGCUUUUCAAUAUACAUUAAUUUCUAUUGUACUUUUGCUCUGACUUCAAGGUCCACAUAAAGGGCCUCAUGUGGCGGGGUAGGGUCAUGGGUUCACCCUGAAGGAAGCGAGCUUCAGAUCCGAACACAAAUGAGACAUAAAAACUGCUACAGCAUGAUGCAAAGUUUUACUCUGCUAUGAUGCCACUGUUAGAGAUUUAGGACGGAAUUCAAUCCUGGAUUGUGAGUUUUUCUGACAGUGUGACGACAGUCAGCUGUGUCUGUCGUGCUGAAAGACAUUCAGGGAAACGCUGCCCCUUUAUUUUCAUCGGCAAAAGCCACAAUAAACAAAUCAAUAAGCCCUUGUUUCUGGCCUUGUUCCACCAUGCUCACUUGCUGGAAGACCAGCUCUGAGGUCCCCACAGAGGUGUAACUACUCAUUUUGUAAAUCAGACCUGUGAAAUAAAUGAAGACAUUUGAGUGAGUUUUAAACAUAUGAAUAUUGAGUCUCUGCACCUAACCUUGAGUCCCACAGCUGCAGGAUGUGAAGAGAUCAUUGUGUUAUCAGAUCUGUGAGACAAGUCUGUGGUCAUCUGCUUUGCUCUCAUUGGCUCCUUGGAAUUGAACAGAUGCAAUCUGAGGUUUCUCUCCUGACACCACUCUGCUCUGAGAAGCUGCAGCUUCUUUGCAGGUUUGGUGACUUCCUGCCGCAACUGAUGAGCCAGCUGCCCAGACGCAUCUGCUCACCACAUGUGGCUCAUAACACAGGUUCAGUCCGAUAAAUAGUCUCAGCGUUUGUGAUCAGUCAAACUUUCGAAAUUACAUCUGAAGAGCAACACUUCUGUCAGCGUCCAGGGCAAAUUAGAAAUGACAAAACAGACCUACGUCAGAGCUUCUUUGACCUUUGACCAAACCUGUUCUGAUCGUGGGCCGGUGGGAAAGGCUUCAACAGAGGAUCUGGGUGCUCCGCUUAGUCACACACACCUGGAACAUCUGACCAAGGACCCACGUUUGUUCACUUUGAAAGUUGAUGGUCGAGUUGCUCUUCCAAACUGCAUUACGUUGUUUGUUUCAGUCUUUUGAAAACACCUAAGACACACUGGUGUGCGUGAGUCCGGCUUGAUAGAGGGUGAUGGAGGAGGGAGGUGUGAAUGUGAAACCCCAAGUCAGGCGGAAGGUAUGAUUCCAAUGAAGAGGACGUUUUGUGUUUUCUGUUUCGUGGCCCAACACUCUGUCACAUAGUGACUCCCUCUCAUUGCCGUAACUCCAGCAUCUCCCCCUGAAACCUAACCAUCCAAAGCACAUGGCUCACCUUAACCAGGACUCUGGAAACAGAAGUGAUGCCCAGAAGUUUUAUUUCUCAUGACAAAGACUCACAUGGUGCUGGAAACUAACUUGUGCACAACUGCAGUUACUUUCUUUGUGUUUUACUGAAUUGUUUUUUGGAUCCAUUGGACUCGGUCCUUAGAAAGGUACAUGAACACGGCAGGGAGGCACGGCUGUCCAAAGGAAGUGACUCCAACCAGCAUGUUGUUGCACACCAGAGGACCGCCGGAGUCGCCCUGCAGGAACCAAGAGUUUGGAUGGUCACAGUGAUGAAGCAGUGGACCCCACAGCAGCAAUAGCUACUGAACAUCACACUAGUUUACUCACCUUCCAGACACCGAUCUCCUUCUUUCGACCAGAGCCGGCACAAAUUACAUCCUUGUUGAUCGCUGGGUAACGGUUGUAAUAGUCUGCAGAGUUGCACGUCUUCAAGGAAAUCACCUUCACAUUAGCAGACCUCAGCGCAUCAGACAGGUUCUCAUCAUAGCCAGUGCGCCCCCACCCAGCCACCAAGCAGGUCUUGCCAGCUCGGGGGACUUUGGGAGGCUUUUUGAUCAUGGCAUUGAAGUCCACACAUUUCACAGCCUUUGUUUCCUUCACAGGUGACUGCAACUGGAAGACAACACAAGUCAGUAGAACCAGGUCUGAAUCCCAGCGCUGACAGAUGAACAGCAUUGAAGCCUUUAUUGGAUGAUUAUUAUGAUUCUUCUCCUCAAAGCUCUGGGUGAUGGACAGGGACUCAACAACACACACGUCCCUCAAAGAAAAGCUCUGACCAAUUCCAUAUUGAUUCAUAACUGCAGUCAUGAACACAGGACCUCUGAAGUUGAUUCCAUAGCGAAUGUUGUCUCUCAGGUAGUAGGAGUACUUUUACAGAGUAGUAUCAACAAGACGAGUCAAACUCACCUGGAGCAACAUGAGAUCAUUGAAAAGAACACUCUCAUCGUAGCCAGGAUGGAUCACCUGGCGGGUCACUCGUCUGAGCUGAUGGAAGGGCUCCUCCUUUUUACUUUUUCUAGAGUGAACCCCCAGAGUCACAUUCAUCUCUUUGCUGGAGAGAGAACAGAGAUAUCUUCACAAAGAACUCUCAUCCACCCAUCCAUCCAUCCAUCUCAGUUUUAUCUUCUACUUUAGAACAUAACUCAUCUGUCUUUCUUACCGUGCACAGUGUGCAGCAGUCAGGACCCAUUUCGGGUGGAUGAGGGUCCCACCACAGAGUAUUUGUGCUCCGUUUUCAUCUGUACCUUCAACCAGAGCCAUAGAGGGCAGGGAGUGAGGGGUCACCUCGGUCCCUCCAAUGAUUUGGGCUCCGUCACCUGAAACAGCACAGAAGACUCAGUGUUGACGGCAGAAAGCAUCAUGUUGGAGCUAACUCACCUGACUUGACGGUGAAGAUGAACACCAGGAGAGCAAGGCUCGGAGACAGCAUGGUCCUCUUGGUGAGAAGCUGACUGCACUUCUCAGCUUCUGUCUCUGCCUUGCUUUUAUUCAGCACCUGGUAGAUUGUGGUUUUGCUCAAACAUAAGACGGAAAUACAUGUGAAAUUCAUCACAACGGCUAAUGGUUAACCCUGUUAAUUGCGUGUUUUACAUUUCACACUUCAGAUCUACCCAGAGAGAAAAUGACAGUCGGUCGAUUAAUAUACUGCACAUUUUCACACUGUUUAAGUGACAACAAAAGAGCACCAAGUUGAUGAGUCACACCAUGAAGGGGAGGGAAAGAGUCCAGGCUCAGAGGAGAAGUCAGCAUCAGUCAGCAGCUGCAUGGCUUCACCCUGAGGAAGAGUCCCACAGAUCUGCUGUUUGUUGGUAAGUAUAGAGAAGAUCAGGAGGAAUUGCACUGUGUUCCGUGUGUCAUUUAAAGCUAUAAAGCUCUGAAGUUAUUAAACUUUUGAUUCAGUCAGUAAUUCAUAACAACAGCAGUAUUCAUGCAGUAUUCUUUUUGGAGCAGGAGAGGCACUGAAUUAAAGGACUUUGGGUCUUCUGAGCCGCUGGAAUGGUUCCUCUCAUUUCCCUGUGUUACCGGCCUCAGAUCUAGGGGUAUCUGGUCGGCAACAAUAGACUUCCGCUAUACACAAUGCAGAAAAUCUGUGAAGCACAUGAGAACGACACGAGUCGGUUUCGCUCGGCUCAAUUGUUUAUUGAGCUGCGCAUGCGUCACUCAUGUGCCUCACGGCGCAUGUGCACCACCUCCUGGAUAAAUAAUAAUCCAACUUUUUCUCACAAAACAGAAAACAAAUGGUGUUACUUUGGAAAAUAGGGGGUGAACGUUUUUUUGUUUGUUUUUUUUUACUAAUUUUCUGGGCAUUUUUUAACCCACAAACACCUGCUUCUUUUUAUGUUUUGAUCUUUGAUCUUUUCACUUCAGUCAAAUCAAACUGCUGAUAUAAAAGUCUUGUUAUUUUUUCAAAAUCUUUACAUUGCUUUUUAAAAGCUUUCACCAAGACUAGAAUACAAAAGAGUUUGUAUUUCUAUCCUUGUGGUGAAAUUCUGAGGUCCUCUUGACUGGUCCCCACAAAGUAAAAUGCCCAACUGUGUGUGUGCGCAUGUGCUUGUGGGCUCCUACUUUGUCAGGACCAAUUCUUGAAAAAACACCAUCCUGGAGGACUGUAUGACUUUGUGGACACAUUUGGCUUGUUACCACAAGGUUAAGCCUCAGUUUGAGAAUGAAGACUUUCAGUUUUGUGAGUACCACGUGUUUAACCUGUUGCAGGACACACUUAGUGGUCACCAAAGACAGUGGCGCCACCACGGCCACUCCUAUGAAUCUCCUGGCCACCCCACUGGUCACCCCACCCGCCAGUCGUGCUUAUUGCUUUGAAUUUUGGUGUGCCACCCCAAGAUUUUAAGAGGCCCAAAGUGGCCACCCCUAUGAAAAAUUGCCGGCGACGCCACUGACCAACAGUCCAAUAGCUGAAGACCAGAGAGAGAAUGAGGGUUUGUGAGUGUUGGGCCAAAGAAGAUUCCUACUGAAACUGUUGAAGCCUUUCUCACCGACCCACGAUCAGAACAGGUUUGGUCAAAGGUCAAAGAAGCUCUGACGUAGGUCUGUUUUGUCAUUUCUAAUUUGCUCUGGAAGCUGACAGAAGUGUUGCUCUUCAGAGGUAAUUUCUGAAGUUUGACUGAUGAGACCAUUUAUCGGACUGAACCUGUGUUAUGAGCCACAUGUGGUGAGCAGAUGCGUCUGAGUGGCUGGCUCAUCAGUUGCGGCAGGAAGUCACCAAACCUGCAAAGAAGCUGCAGCUUCUCAGAGCAGAGUGGUGUCAGGAGAGAAACCUCAGAUUGCAUCUGUUCAAUUCCAAGGAGCCAAUGAGAGCAAAGCAGAUGACCACAGACUUGUCUCACAGAUCUGAUAACACAAUGAUCUCUUCACAUCCUGCAGCCGUGGGACUCAAGGUUAGGUGCAGAGACUCAAUAUUCAUAAGUUUAUUUCAUAGCAGAGUAAAACUUUGCAUCAUGCUGUAGGAGUUUUUAUGUCUCAUGUCUGUUUUGAUCUGAAGCUUGCUUCCUUGUUCAGACUCCAGCAGGACUCAUUCACUUCCAUCACUUUGUUUAGAGGACGUCAUGAUUUGGAACUUACAAACACAAUUCAAACUUCAGACCUCUGGCCACCCCACCAAAACUAAAGGGCAGACCUAGUUUUAAUUCCAAACUUGAGUUCUAGAUGCAGGCACAUGAUGUCCUAAUAGUCAAUAGUCAAAUGUGGCCCCUGAUACAGCUCUUUCAGGGCAAACCCAUGACCCCACC